GAUGGGACGUAGAAGAGAAGAUUGCAAGAGACUAGAACAUAGAAGAGAAGAUUUGAAAGCUCGAGAGGAUUGGAUGGGACAGAGAAGAGAAGAUUUCAAAAGAUUAGAACGUUGAAGAGAAGAUUUGAAAGCUGGAGAGGAGUGGAUGGGACGGAGAGGAGAAGAUUGCAAGAGAAAAGAACGUAGAAGAGAAGAUUUGAAAGCUCGAGAGGAGUGAAUGGGACGGGGAAGUAUCCGAGAGAAUGUUGGUAUCUCUGAGUAUUUAUAUCUCCGUCCCGUUCAGAAUUCAUCAGUUGAACACCUUCAACCUUUACUACAACAUUUCAGAAAUGCUCCGGGGUCUGAUACUCUCCAUGCUCCUUAUGUCUCUGGGUACCCACGCUAGUCCAUCGUCAGACGCUAUGCUUCGAGAUCCAGCAUUCUUAAAGUGUUUGGAACAAAACUCAGGAGGGGAUCCCGAGUUGUAUUAUCCCUCAAUGGUGACAUGCAUGGGGUUUGCAGGCAGGCCUAGGUUUGGUAAACGAGGAAAUCCAUUCUUUCUGGACCAGCAGCAAGAAUACAGGAUUCCAAACUUCUUGGUGUAAACACAUGAUUGUAACAGGGCAAGCAUUAACAACUUGAUUAACUGUAUGAGAGUUCCUAACCUGCUGAUAAACAAAUAAUAAAAUAAUUGUUUAAAUAUGUAUUCUCCAGAACCAUGUUUAUCUAUCAAUGUUAUACAAGGACAGGGGGUAGUAUUAUAGAGGCAGACCUUUUAUUAUAAUUCAAAUAUUUUGACAACACUUCAGUUUGUGUGCAGUAACUCUUUUCAAUAAAUAAUCACAAAGGCA